CAGCAUUCUCCCAGAAGACAAGCGCCGUGCUGCUAGUCACAUCUCAUUAACUCCGAGGUCUGCUUAUAUAUCGGCGUCAUUAAGUGCAUGUUCUUCUUUCUAAGUUCUUGAACAGCUCGUUUAAAGAUGUUGGCGUGCACCGAAAUGAUCACGAUGUGUCUUCAGUCGGCGAAGCGCGAGCAUCUCCGCUCUAAGCAGCAGCAGCAUCAGCAUCAGAUGCAGGAUGCGGUUCACGGACUGUCCAUCUUUCACGAUAUUUUCCGUCGAGCUGACAAAAACGAUGACGGGAAGCUGUCCUUCGAGGAGUUCAAAGCGUACUUUGCAGAUGGGAUACUGACGACCGACGAGCUGCGCGAGCUCUUCUACUCCAUCGAUGGACGGCAAACAAAUAACCUCGAUACAGACAAACUAUCAGAUUACUUUUCCCAGCAUCUUGGAGAAUACCUGGACGUUCUGUCAGCGUUAGAGAAACUCAAUGUCGCCGUCCUAAAGGCCAUGGACAAGACGAAGGAGGAGUACCAGGGCUCGUCGGUUCUGGGGCAGUUUGUGACCCGUUUCAUGUUGAGGGAGACGUCCAGUCAGCUGCUGUCGCUCCAGAUGUCUCUGCAGUGUGCAAUGGAGGCUGUGGAGGUGCAGAGCAGCACCACUCCGGUUGAAGUUAAAGUCCCGGAGCAUCUGGUCAUACAGAAGAACAACAGAAGAUGUGGCCGUCGAGUGCAGAAGAACAUGUGUCUGUCCCCGACUGAUCCGUACUCGGGCAUUCUCACUACCGGUAACACACACACACACACACACACACACUCACACUCGCUGCUCGAUAUCUCCAGUAAUCUGUCUCAUGUGUCCAUCCAGAAGCUUCCUGAGAAGAGCUGCUACAUCAUCUAUGAGUUCUGGCAGGACCGUAUUUCCUGGAUGAGUUAUUUGCAGUCUGACGCCAGUAAGAUGUUCCAGCGCUGCAUCAUAGACAUGCAGGAGGAUCCAGAGAUCAUCUCCACGAUGCUCAUGCCAGCAUCCUGGUGGAUCAUGACAAACAACUAACAGCAGCAAGAAAACACCCUUCACCGCCCACCGCUGAACCCCGAUCUGAAACAUCACCCCAGUGUGUCUUUGAAUUAAUAACUAGACCUAAAAAAUCAGAUGAAUCAUCUGUACGUGUGACACACACACCGUUUUUGUGUUGCAUAUUAUUGAUAACAUCUGUCUGAUAGUCCACUGAAAACAAAACAUGUUACACAGGGUUGUGCAUCAUUCAGAACUGAAUUCAGAUGCUUUUACAAACAAGUUCUAUUUCCUAAAUUUGAAUCGAAUUUGCAAACAGGAAGCAAAAAUGUUUGAAUUCAGAGAAAAUGUAAAGAAAUUCAUAUAAAUGCUGUAAAAGUAU